AUAAGAAAACAGUGUAAAUUUUGAUAAAAAUAAUAGGCACUUCGCUCAAAAAAUGUGCGGAUUAUUCUUCGUGUUCUUAAUGAUUUAAUACCUAAUCAAUUAUAUAUUUUAAACAUUUUGUUUGAUAUAAUUCAAAUGUUGUCAAAUGUUACGGUUUAUUUCUUAUGUUUAUCUUACCUAGCGUUUACAUGCCACGCUGUAAGACCAGAAGAAGGAGUAUGGAACCUCGUCGUUAACCCUGAUUAUGAUAUUUUCAGUUUUAGUAGUAGUUUAUUUAGUGGCUCUGAAAUUUCCAUCAAAGUCAACUGUGAUGAUACUUACAAUGUCACGGUCGCCUGGAUCCUUACUGAGCCUCUAUGCUGGAAUGAAUACCUUAACUUAGGUCAUGGAUUAAUCAAACAACUUCAAUUAAAAUACAUAGAAAAUAAUGUUUAUUCGAAUAAUACUUACAAAAAAUUUGAUGAACAUGAUUACUCUUGUGCUAAAGAAAUUGUUCUCGAUGAUUUAUCAUCACAACCUACUACUAAAUCAAAUUUAGUACCCAUGCAUAAGAGAGGAAGAUUUCGAGUCUAUACAGUUCCCAAAGAUGGUAUGUACUUAUUAACUGUGACAGUAACUACCAAAAAUAGUCAGAUGCCGUCAAGUGAUACCAUUUUAGAAAAUUUUACUGCUAAUUUACAAAUAACUAUGUGUGGACCUCAAGGAUACUUAUCAGCAUCUAACUGGCCUUUGUUACCUUUUUAUGAAAUAAUGUGUUUUGUAUACAUAUGUUUUGGCAUAACUUGGUUGAUUUUACUAUUUUUACAAUGGAGGGAUUUACUUCAAAUACAAUUUUGGAUUGGUGCUGUUAUCCUACUAGGAAUGGUUGAAAAAGCAGCCUUUUAUGCUGAAUAUUAUGAGUUAAAUUCAACAGGCCGUUUAAAUUCUAUUUAUGGAGUAAUGACUAUGGCCGAAGUGAUCUCAUGUUUAAAACGAACCCUAGCUAGAAUAUUAGUUAUCAUUGUUAGCUUAGGCUUUGGUAUAGUCAAGCCAAGAUUAGGUCCUCUCUUACCAAAAGUUUUAGGUGUUAGUUUUAUGUAUUUGGCCAUGUCAUUAUUAGAAUCAUAUUUCCGAUUGUCUACUAAUAUGAGUACAGAAAUGUUGCUAGUUGAAUUGCCAUUAGCUAUUUUAGAUUCUGGUAUAGUGUGUUGGAUUUUUUCAGCUUUAACCCAAACAACUAGAGCAUUACGCUUACGAAGAAAUGCUGUGAAACUUCAAUUAUAUACUCAUUUUACUAAUGUUCUUGGAUUUACUGUCAUUACAUCAACCUUAUUUAUGUUAUAUUCUAUUAAAACACAACGUCUUGCUAACUGUGUUGGAAAUUGGCAAGAACAAUGGCUGGAUGAUGCUUUCUGGCAUAUUGAAUUUUCAAUUAUUCUACUUGUCAUAAUGAUUUUAUGGAGACCAACAAACAAUAACCAAAGGUACGCAUUCACUCCUUUAUUAGAUGCACCUGAUGAUGACAGAGACGAAACUGAACUAUUUAUUAAAGAGACAUACAACGAAGUUAAAAUGAGAACUACUGCAAAUACUUCAAAUCAAAAUUCUCAUGUCACACCAUAUAAAGACUAUCCUAUUUCAAAUAGUAGUAGCACAAAAAGUCAAGCACAAAUUGAUGAUGAUUUAAAAUGGGUUGAAGAAAAUAUUCCUGGCUCAUUAUAUGAAACGACUGUACCAAUUUUAGACUAUAGCGAAGAUGACCACAACACUGCUAUCGAAAGGUCUAAAUUGCAAUAAUCUGAACUACUUAAAAAAAUUUGUUCCCAAUUAAAUUUUUAGAGUGUUUUUUAUUUUUAUUAAUUUAACUUAAAGUUAUUAAUAAUGCCUAUUAUUUUAUACUGAUUUCUUUAAAUAUUGUCCUUUUUAAUUGUGGUAUUUAAAUUAUGUACUAUUUUUUGUUAAUUAAUUAAAUGAGUUUACGUUCCUUAUCAAUCUUUCAAAAUUAUGUAAAUUAUUAUAAUUUAGAUAAUGUCAACUCUAUAAAAAUAAAA